GGUGAUUUGCUCUGGUUUGGAUGUGUUCUGCAAUUCUUUGCGGCUUGUUGAUGUUGUUUCAAGUCUUCAUGAUAAAUGAGAGUGAACCCGAUUGCAAAAACUGCAGAAUCAUUUUUGUACAUAUCUGAAAUGGGUUCUUUUACUUGAAGCCACAACACAUGGUGAACAUACUCUACAAGGACAAGACAGAAGAAGAACAUUCUUUUUUUUUUGUUUGCCAGGUUGGUGCAACAAACUCAUUGACCUCUUUCUAUAUCUGUCUCAUACAGAAGAAGUCUACUUUUUGGUUCGUCAGAAUCACAUAAUGUCCAAAGAUCUUUAAAUAGCAUCUUGAGGUUAAAAAGUUGAGAUAUAUUCAGGGCUUCCUUUUCUCGUUUUGUUUUCAGAUCACAUGGGACCAACAUGUAUCAAGAACUAGUUCAACACGAAGAGUUUGCGUUGUAGAGGUUUUGGAGUAAAGCAAUGAAGUGGUAAAGCACAUGACUUGUGCUUUAAGAGUAGAUAUAGUAGAAAACAAGGCCUCUUUCUUCUUCAUCUACUUUUGGAGUAAAGCCAUGCCAAUUAAACCCCAUAUUUAAUAUUAGUAUUCAUAUAAAUUCAAACUCAAAACCAUAUCAUCUCUGCAAAUAUAUCUCAUUAAAGGGGGAGUGUUUUGAUUGAUGCAUAUGAUGGAUAAGCUCUUUAUUAUUUCCCUUAUUGGUCUGUUAACGCUAACUGCUUAUGGAGCUGCAGCGAAAAUGGUGUACACCGAUCUCGACAUCCUCAAGAAGCUUGAGAACUUUGACAUACCGGAGGAUGAUGAUGCUGAUGACGAUUAUGAUACAAAGCUCUCUGAUUUGGCUUCAUUUACAAGCCGGGGCUCUGGUAAGAAUCUGGUGAAUGUGGAUACAUUUGGUGCAGCUGGAGAUGGAGUUUCUGAUGAUACUCAGGCAUUCAUAAGCGCAUGGAAGCAGGCCUGCGGUACUCCAAAGUCUGUGUUGCUUGUACCACAAGGAAGAAGUUAUUUAGUAAAUGCAACAAAGUUCAAUGGUCCUUGUGAACGAAAAUUGAUCAUUCAGAUUGAUGGAACAAUAGUGGCACCAGAGGAGCCCAACAACUGGGACCCAAAGUUCCAAAGGAUUUGGCUAGAGUUUUCGAAGCUCAAAGGGGUUGUGUUCCAAGGGAAUGGAGUUAUAGAUGGUUCUGGCAGCAAAUGGUGGGCUGCUUCUUGCAAGAAAAACAAGUCUAAUCCGUGCAAAAGUGCACCAACGGCCUUUACUAUUGAGUCUAGUUCAGGUGUGAAAGUACGUGGCUUGACGAUCCAGAACAGCCAGCAGAUGAACUUCAUCAUUGCAAGAUCAACUUCAGUACGUGUCUACAAAGUUAUGGUCUCAUCUCCAGGAGAUAGUCCCAACACUGAUGGUAUCCACAUCACUGGUUCUACCAAUGUUGUCCUUCAAGACUGUAAAAUCGGCACAGGGGAUGAUUGUGUCUCGAUUGUGAAUGCGAGUUCUAAUAUAAAGAUGAAGAGGAUCUAUUGUGGACCUGGACAUGGAAUCAGCAUUGGGAGUCUUGGGAAUCAUAACUCAACAGGGAUUGUAACAAAGGUUGUGUUGGACACUGCUUUCUUGAAAGAAACAACCAAUGGACUCAGGAUCAAAACAUAUCAGGGAGGUUCUGGUUACGUUAAAGGUGUUAGAUUCUCAAACGUUGUGAUGCAAGAUGUCUCUAACCCUAUACUCAUUGAUCAGUUCUACUGCGAUAAUCCAACAUCUUGUCAAAACCAGACCUCGGCGGUUAAAAUAAGUCAGAUAAUGUACCGGAACAUAACCGGGACAACCAAAAGUGAGAAAGCCAUCAAGUUUGCAUGCAGCGACGCGGUCCCUUGCAGCCACAUUGUCCUCAACAAUGUGAAUCUUGAAGGCAAAGACGGUCAAGUCGAAGCCUAUUGUAACUCAGCUGAAGGUUUCGGGUAUGGAGUGAUUCAUCCGUCUGCGGAUUGUCUGUACUCGCACGACGAUAAGUGCUUGGACCAGAGUGACAAGUCAGGACAUGUUUUGGUAACUGAGGAAGCUGAGACUGGCCAUGACGAGCUCUGAUUGGUUGUGAUGUUUUAAGUGUUGUAGUGAGGGAUGGAUGAUAUGUGUAGUAUAGUUUUCUGAAGCAUAUGAUAUAGUCUGAGGAUGAUAUGUGUAAUAUAAUUUUCAGAAGCAUAUAAUAUAUAGUUUUAUGAAGACACU